AUGUCAAAUUUGAAAGUUUACGUUGAUAAUGUGGAGUCAAUAACAGGAUCGUCUGGCAGCGAAGAGGAUGUAGUAGACCUAGCCGACAGCGAUAUUGAUAUGAAAGAUGUAGAGCUCAAUGUUUAUCUGGGAGACAUGUCUAAAUCCGGGGUUGCAAACAAUUACAAGAAGAAGGUUGGAAACUUUAUCACUGACAUCGACAUUUCAUCGGAGGAAGUGCAGAAGCGGCGGGCGGACAGAACAAAGCGGUUUGGUGUAAAAGACAAAGGAGCGACUUGUGCAGUGGAUAUAGCAGCACUGUACCGAAGCCUCGGUUUAACGAAGGAGGAUGUGAGUGCAAGUGACACAGAGCUUCGCACAGAAGCAAUCUACUUCAGGGGAGUUGAUGAUAUGAGCACAAAGGAUGUGUUGGAAUACUUCAGAGACUAUGCGCCGGCUGCUAUAGAGUGGAUUGAUGACAUCGCCUGUAUUGUUGUAUGGGAGGACUCUAAUACAUCAGCCAGAGUGAUGUUCAGCUGCAGUAAAGAAAUCAUAUACGAUUCUGCAAGUAAGAGCAAGCUAGUAUCGAAAGAAAGUGCAAGUGAAGGAAAGGGGAAUAAAACGGGAUCUAACGCAGCAGGAAAGGGACAGGAUACUGAAGAGGAUGAUGACAUCUUAGAUCUUGAAAAGGACCCAGACGAAUCAAUGGAAGAGGAUGCCAUGGACGUUUCAGUAACCCAGGCAGCAGAGAAGGCUAAUGAGACAGAGAACACACCACCGGCGCCCCCUUCUGUCUGCAUUGAAGAACUAAUGGACCAGAACAUACAACUUCCAGCAGGGAGAUGGCGAUUGGCUGACCCACAUCUGAAUGCUGAUGUGCUACUUAUGCGCUUUGCAACCAAAGCUGAUAAGAAAGAAUUGGGAGCAGAGAAGAAGAGUAACUACUAUAGAAAAUAUGGAAAUCCAAACUAUGAUGAUCUGCCAGGAUUGAUCAGCGAGUCUCGCAAGCGCCGACUGCGGGGUCAGAAAAUCCACAAGGAGCCAGAGAGGAAAGACAAGUCGGAAUCCGAGCCGGAAGAGGGAGAAAUCCGGAGUGAACCGGAAGACCUCCGGGAACUUCUGGAGGAGAGGAGGGUGAAGGGGGAUGCGUCGGGUUCCGACAGCGACGACUUGGACAUGGAGGCAGAGGUGCGGCGACUGCUGAAGCCACCAGCUGCGAAGAGGCUGACGAAGCGCAUGUACGCAGACGAGAUGGAAGACAAUCUACAGAGCAAGAGAAACCACACAGGUCUGAUAACGGUAACGACAGCACAGACCGUGAAAGAACGGUUAUCACUGGAAGGGGGUGCUACCAAGCCCUCACAAACGAAGCCAUCUGUGAUGGAGAGGUUGGGCAGGAGCAGUAAGCGCACAACAGACCUGAGACACAUGAUCUCGCGCGGUUUUCGAGUGUCCAAUGUGCUGAUCAGUCGUAGAGAGCAUGGGCAGCCACAACUGUUUUAG